AUGCCACAGGCUCGGCAGCGGGACCCCGAGCAGUGUCGGCUGCGGCAGCAGCAGCAGCAACUGCAGCAGCAGCAACUGCCGCAGAUGCCGCUGACAUUUCAGCUCAGCGCUGCAGAACAGCUCGCUGCUGCUGACUGUCUUUGUGCAGUUUUUGCUCCCGUACUAAAUACUUCUCCUGUACGCGUUAUAACUGCCAUAAGUCUUACUGCAACUGCUGAGGCUGCUUAG